AUGAAGGCCUUCACACUGCUUGCCUUGGUGGCCCCAACAAUCGCCGAAGAACUACUUGCCCGCGGAGGGGGUGGUGGUGGUGGUGGCGGCGGUGACUGGGGUCAUGGUGGUUCUACGACUGAAGUCGUUUACACUACGACCACUGUUUGCCCUGUCACAGCAACAACUACUGCUGGUGGCACUACCCAUGAGUACACAUACUGGACCACCUCCACACAGACUAUCACAAGCUGCCCUGGAGGAGAAUGCGGCGGCGGCGGCGCCACGGUCACUGUUCCUGGUCCAACCGAAUAUACCACCACUACUGAUGUUGAAAUCACCUACACUACCGUUUGCCCUGUUACGGAGACAGUCACUGGCCCCGGAACGACCUACACAAAGACUUAUGAGACUACCUCGGUCGUCAAGACGAUUGUGCCCACAACCUACUAUGAGACAGUACCAGGACCCACCAGUUACGAAACAACAGGUGUCGUGGACUACACAACCAUCACUUCCUACUGCCCUGUCACAGAGACCAAGACGGAGGGUGGUAGCACCUACGAGGUCACAUGGACUUCUACUUCGACUAUCGUGACUCAGGUCCCUACCAAGGUCUAUGAAACGACACAGUUGCCAGACAAGACCAAGACAGCGGAAGUUACUGAUUACACCACUCUCACUUCGCUUUGCCCUUACACGGAAACCGUCACAAAGGGAGGCAGUACCUACACAACUGUCAAGACCAGCACCCAGACUAUCGUCACACAAGUGCCAACAACCAUCAAGGAGACAGCUUAUACUACUUCUCUGACUACUGCUUACGAGACUACGGAUGUGUAUGUGACAACUACUCACCCAGAGUACUCUUACACGACUAUCAUCGAGGGUUCCACCACCGUCGUAACACAGACUGGAACCAAGUAUAUUUCAGUGACCCAGGUGCACACGACCACGGCUGUCAUCGCCGUGACCGAGACAAAGCAUCAAGAAGUGACCAUCGAGACCACCGUGGGUUCUGCGCAGACCAUCUCACAGUAUACCACGUACCUCGUGACCCAGAAUGGCACAGUCUACUCGACCAGGUCGCUGCAGCCGACCACGGUCCAGGUGCCGACGACUGCCACCACUUCCAACGUGGUGACAGCAACAACGGCGGCCACCUCUGCACCGGUGGUGACAGCUGGUGCGAACUCGCAGAGCGGCCCGGCCGCGGCCUUGUUGGCUGGCUUCGUUGGUCUUGUGGCGCUCGUCUAA